CUUGAACCUGUAUUUCAAGCCCAUACAUUCCUACCACUGUCCACAUUUAAUAGUGAGACUCAGUGGCCAAAAUGUGUUCUAAAAGAACUGGAAUCACUGGGAAAAGCACUGUACGGAGCAAAAUUAAUUGCCCAAAGAUUUCAAGUUCGAAACUGUUCUCACCACAAGGAUCCUGUGAGUGGUUCAACCUGUUUACUUUCCAUGAUUGAAGAAGGCAACCCUCAUCACUUCUUUAUCGCUACACAGGACCAGGAUUUAGCAAACAAAGUGAAAAAGAAGGCUGGCGUUCCUCUCCUCUUUAUUAUUCAGAACACUAUGGUGCUAGACAAACCUUCUCCGAAAUCUUUGGCAUUUGUUCAAAAAUUGCAGACAAAUGAGCUUGUUCCAGAGCACCAAAAACAAAGUAUUGUGCAGCUUAAAGAAAAAGAAGGACUAGCGAAGCAAGAAGGUGAAAAGAGAAGGAAACGUAAAAGGGCAGGCGGCCCCAAUCCUCUCAGCUGUCUGAAGAAGAAAAAGAAGAAAACACAGGAGGGUCAGGAGCCUUCUGCUGAAAAGAAGAAAAGAAGAAAAAGAAAGCGAAAUAGGGUUAAAGCAGAAGCCGUGCAGUCAGUGCGGAAGAAUGAAGAAGAGUAAACCCAUCUAUGUAAACAAUGCAGGACUUGAACGUUGUUUGAACUCUAUAUAUUAAUCUUUCUUUUUGCAAUCAUGUGAAAUCAAGUUGUUAACAUUAAAACUUAUUUUUC